AUGCUGGUGGAAGCAUCCAUGGAUCGGGCCAUAUCCGCUCUGGACAAGCUGAAGCUGUCUGGUCUGAACUGUACUGAUUGCCGGAAACAAGCCAUUUUGACGGACUGCAUUGACCUAUAUGGAGACACUGUUUUGCAGCUAAAUAGGACGCUGCAAGGCGUGUCUCCAAAAGCCGCCGCAGAACCGUGCACCGACAUUGACGCUCAAACGUGGCUGAGCACUGCACUUACAAACACGGAGACUUGCCGAAGCGGCUCCUCCGAUCUUAACGUCUCAGAUUUCACCACACCGAUCGUUUCAAACACCAAGAUCUCCCACCUAAUAAGCAACUGCUUAGCCGUCAACGGAGCCCUCUUGACCACCGGAAACAACGAUACCACCACCUCUGAUGAUCCGAAGGUUUUCCCAACAUGGGUUUCCCGUAAAGAGAGGAGACUUCUGAAAUUGCAGUCGGCACGUACCGUCCCAGCGAACGUCGUGGUGGCCAAGGACGGAUCAGGACAUUUCAAGACUGUGCAAGCAGCUAUUGACCUGGCUGCACGGAGAACGGUGACGUCAGGGAGGUUUGUGAUAUACGUGAAGAGAGGGAUAUAUCAAGAAAACAUAAACGUACGUCUCAAUAAUGAUAACAUAAUGUUGGUCGGAGACGGGAUGAGAUACACCAUUAUCACCGGAGGUCGUAGUGUCAAAGGGGGCUACACAACUUACAGUUCUGCCACUGCCGACUGCCGGAAGCAAGCCGUCUUGGCUGACUGCAUUAACCUAUACGAAGACACCAUCGUGCAGCUAACUCGGACGCUAGCUGGCGUUGCUCCAGAAGCCGGUGCUGGAAAAAAGUGCACCGACUUUGACGCUCAGACGUGGCUGAGCACCGCGCUUACAAACACCGAGACUUGCCGACGCGGGUCGUCCGAUCUUAACGUCUCAGAUUUCAUUACACCGAUAGUUUCAAACACCAAAAUCCCCAACUUAAUAAGCAACUGCUUAGCUGUCAACGGAGCCCUCUUGCCCACCGGUAACAAUAGUACCACCACUGCUGAUGGAAAGGACUUUCCGACGUGGGUAUCCGGUAAAGAGAGGAGGCUUCUACAGUUGCAAUCAGCGCGUGCUGUACGAGCUAACAUUGUGGUUGCCAAAGACGGGUCGGGUCAAGUCAGGACGGUGCAAGCGGCUAUAGACGUGGCUGGACGCAGAAAGGUGAUGUCAAAGAGGUUUGUGAUUUACGUGAAGAGAGGAAUAUAUCAAGAAAACAUAAACGUACGUCUCAAUAACGAUAACAUAAUGUUGGUCGGAGAUGGAAUGAGAUCCACCAUUAUCACCGGUGGUCGAAGUGUCAAAGGUGGUUACACCACUUACAAUUCCGCCACUGCCGGUAUCGAAGGACUUCACUUCAUAGCCAAAGGCCUAACAUUCAAGAACACGGCAGGACCGGCCAAGGGCCAGGCCGUGGCACUUCGGUCAUCGUCGGACCUCUCAAUCUUUUACAAAUGCUCAAUCGAAGGAUACCAAGACACACUGAUGGUCCAUUCGCAACGUCAAUUUUACCGCGAGUGCUACAUCUACGGAACAAUCGAUUUCAUCUUUGGAAAUGCAGCUGUAGUUUUUCAAAACUGUAUCAUCCUCCCUCGCCGGCCACUACAUGGUCAAUCCAAUGUAAUAACCGCACAAGGUCGUGCUGAUCCAUUUCAGAACACAGGGAUCUCUAUCCACAACUCAAGAAUCCUACCAGCUCCUGAUCUCAAACCGGUUCUCCGUACUGUUAAGACGUACAUGGGCCGGCCUUGGAUGAAGUACUCGCGCACCGUGGUAAUCAAGACGUAUUUGGAUAGUGUUGUUAGUCCGUUCGGAUGGUCACCGUGGAUCGAAGGUUCGGCUUUUGGGUUAGACACAGUGUUCUAUGCAGAGUAUAAGAAUAGUGGACCAGCUUCCUCCACGCGGUGGCGUGUUCGCUGGAACGGGUUUCAUGUGUUGAAAAGAGCUUCCGAUGCUUCUGCUUUCACCGUUGGAAGAUUUAUCGCCGGUCCUGCGUGGCUCCCACGCACAGGCAUACCCUUCACUUCCGGCCUCUAAGGCUAUGCAUCUCUGGUUGUUUACCUUCUUCAUGCUUUAAAUUACAAUGAUAUGAGAAUUUUCCA